AUGGAUGACAUUUCUUCAUCUGGAGGAAGCCACAACAUUGAUUGGAAUACUGAUGAUGAGCUGGAGAUAGCUAAUAUAUCAUCAUCAUCAUCAUCAUCAUCAUCUAUGAGUACUAACAGAAAUGUUUUAUCCAAAUUCGAAUUCGGGGAGUCAUGUUCUUCUAGUAAUCAUUCCUCUAAGCUACUUGAGUUUAUAGAAAUGGGAUUUUGUGAAGCAAUAGUGACCAAAGUCAUAGCAGAAAUUGGAGAAAACGAUAGUGAUUCCAUACUAGACACAUUACUCACGUAUUCUACUCUUGAUGAGAUUCCCCACCAUGAACACGAACUCAGUGAUCCAUGUUUGAAGCCUGAAAUCGAUUUAGAUACUGACUUCUCAGAUCUUGAUGACAAUUGUAGUGAUGAAGACAUUAAUGAAUCUGUUGAAAAGGAUGAUCCAUUGGUGUGCCUAAUUGAUAUGGGCUACUCAUGUGAAGAAGCUUCUGCUGCUAUUACCAGAUGUGGAAGAGAUGUACAACUAUCAGAGCUCAUAGAUUUCAUUACUGCUGCUCAUAUAUCAAAAGAAGCCGAUGAAGAAUCUGACGCCAGUGCAUUUGGAUCCUGCUCACGUCCAAAAAACAAGAAGAAGUCUCGUAAAGAGAUUUUCUGGAUGAAAAGAAAAAAUCUCGAAAAAAAACCAAAAAGAAAAAGAAACGAUGAAGGUGAAGAUGAACACGUCCUUCACCUUCCUAAUCCAAUGACAGGAUUUGGAAUUCCAUACGAACCAUUUCAUAAUAUUCACAGAACGAUUCCCGAUGCAGCCAUUGGUCCACCAUAUUUUUACUUCGAGAAUGUCGCUUUCACGCCAAAAGGUUCAUGGAACGAAAUCAAGCGUAAUCUCUACGAAAUCGAACCUGAAUUCGUCGAUUCAAAAUUCUUCUGUGCAGCAGCUAGAAAGCGAGGUUACAUCCAUAACCUUCCGUUAACAAACAGAUCCCCAAUUCAACCGCUUCCCCCUCGCACACUUUCCGAAGCUCUUCCUUCUACUAAACAAUGGUGGCCUUCAUGGGACAAAAGAGAACAAUUGAAUUGCAUACUUACAUGUAGAGGAAGCGCCAAACUCACGAAUCGUAUCAAAUUAGCCCUAGAAAAUUCGAAUUCGAAUCCCAAAGGUGAGUGCGAGUGCGAGCCUUCUGAACAAGUGAAGAAAUUCGUUAUCAAUCAAUGCAAGAAAUGGAACAUGGUUUGGACAGGGAAGACGAAGGUGGCGCCACUUGAGCCUGAUGAGAUCGAGUUAAUCAUGGGGUUCCCGAUCUACCAUACACGUGGAGAAAGCACAGCCGAAAGAUUCAAAGGCCUCGGGAAUGCUUUUCAGGUUGAUACAGUUGCUUACCAUUUGUCUGUGUUAAAGAAGUUGUACCCUAACGGAAUGAAUGUUCUUUCGCUUUUCUCCGGGAUUGGUGGGGCCGAAGUUGCUUUACACAGGCUUGGGAUUCGGAUGAAGAAUGUGGUUUCGGUUGAGAAGUCUGUGGUUUGUAGGAAGAUUCUUCGGGGUUGGUGGGAACAAACAAACCAAAAAGAGAAUUUGAUACACGUGUCGGAUGUUAAAGAUGUGACAGUUGAUAAGUUAGAGAAGUGGAUUGGGUGUUUUGGAGGGUUUGAUCUUGUGAUUGGAGGGAGUCCGUGUAAUAAUCUUUCUGGUGGUAAUAGGUGGACACGUGAUGGACUUGAUGGGGAAAUACUCUUCGCUUUUCUACCACUAUCCUCGUAUACUUAA